UGGAAUUAUUCUUGUGCCAAUAAAAAUGAACGUAUCUUUUCAAGAAACUAAUGAAAAUAUAAAUUGAAACUGAAUAAAAUAUCUUUGAAACUGAAAAAGAAUAACUCGCUGGCAAAUUAAUUGGCUUCGUUUAUAAUACACUGCAUGUUUUGCUAACUAUUUCUCAUAUUUCUUUCGCUGAUCUGAACUUACAAAUGCGCUUCCAGAGUUUUCAUUUACGCUUCUGAUUUUUUCGUUUACGCUUCUGAUUUUUUCGUUCGCAAUUCUGACACAAACCUACCGUGUGGGCGGGCUUAACAGCGGUUUGCUCUCAUUGGCUGGUGAGAUUUAGAUUGACGGCUCCUUGAACCGGAAGGAGAGACUUCAGCGGCGCGAAUUUUGAGUUCUGUGUAACAUCAACAAUAUUUAUAAAACCAAGAUGAGUAAUCAGGAGCGGCACGGAGCGUCAUCAACAUCCUCAACCGCAGGGCAUUCGAGGCAGCCUGAGCAAGGCUCAAAUGUUGGUGCAGCAGAUGCUGCAUCAGCUAUACAAAACAUCAUAGAGGUGCUCAACCAGUCGCUGGGUAAAACCAGCACGAGGCAGAGUCAGAAUCAGGGGCAGCGCUCAGGACAGUGCCAGACUGUGGACCAAGAGAUGGCCAGGUCUUUCCCAGGAUUUUUUAAGCGGGGAUCCAAAAGGCGUUUACCCAGCUGUAGUAAACCAGCCAAGUUCAUAAAAGCUUGGAAACCAUUUGCGUUUUCAGCGUUCCUUUUAAAUAAAAAUGUAGAAAUGACCCCUUCAUCAGCAGAGGAGCUGCAACACAUGCAGGCUGGACUGGGGAAACGACAUCUGUCAAUGACUGAUGAUUUGACUCAUUCAGAGGUUUCCAGCUUGUUUUGUGAUACCUACCCCAAAAUGAAGUCAGCAUCUGGAGGAUGGCUCCUCUACAAAGCAUCUGGUGGACAGGGAAGGCGGCGUUUGAAUCUUGUUCCCCCGGAGUCUGAAGGAUACAGUGGCAGUACCAUCAGAUGUGCAACUGGAGGGGGGAAGACUAUGCUGUAUAUUGUACCGUUACAGGAUGAUUUCGAUCUUUCUCCUCUUCCCUCUGAUGCACAGGAAUUUUCGCUAAUGCCAAAAGCAGAGUGCAAGAAAUGUUUUAAAAUGAUGCCACUUCAAAUUCUUGCCUUGCAUGUGAGGGAAUGCGAUACUCUGGAAUAUGAGACACUCUCAGAUUCGGAACCAGAGGUAACUAAUUCACCACCAGCCUUCGAGGAAAAGUUGACAGAUGCAAAGUGUCCUGUGUGCAUGAAAACGUUUCCUCUUCUGGAAUUGGAGUUCCAUGCAAGCUUUUGUGGUGACUUGGAAAGUUCAGAGUCCCUUCAGACAAAGAGCCCUGAUAUAAUGAAGCCAGACAAUGAAGAGAUGUCAUGGUACUUUCAUUUAAAAAAUGAGGAGGAUGUCCUACGAUGGCUAGCUGCUCAAGUUGACACCUCCAAGGAUUUCAGCAUCUGUGUGUCCAGAAUUAACCUUGUGGAACGAGGUCUGUUACUUUGGAGGCGACAAAAGAUCAGCUCCCCGGUCAACACUUUAAAGAUUACUUUCUUAGGAGAGGCUGGAGUUGACACAGGUGCUCUACGAAAAGAAUUCCUGACAGAACUGAUUGGUGGCAUAGAGACCAGACUCUUCGAAGGAGAGGAGGGCAAAGGCAAAAUGCCGAAAUAUUCAUUGAAUGAUCUUGACAAUGGCCUGUUUCGAGUUGCUGGGGAGGUCUUUGCUGUUAGCCUUGCCCAGGGUGGCCCAGCUCAAGAUUUCUUCAGGACUGGUGCUACGAUUUUCUGUUGAGUGGAACCCUUGAAAACGCUAACAAGGAUAACGUUUACGAUGCUGAGUUUUCACCACUGAUUAAAAUGAUCGAGGAGGCCUCAGACUUAUCAUCUUACAGUGAACAGAUUGUCAACUGUGGCUACACGGGGCCUAUAAAUGAGGACAACAAGCAGAAUAUAACAAGAGCGAUUGUAAUGCAUGCUGCUGCUCGAAGAACACUCAUGCUUCAGCAGCUCCGUGAAGGUUUGCAGCUUUACCGUUUAAUUGACACUAUGGAAAAGAACAGGGAAGUGUGCCGCAGCCUCUUUGUUGUGCAAGGUGGUAAUGAUAAGGUGGACUCUCAUUACAUUGUAUCCCAUCUUGCUCCACAAAUGAGUGAGAGAGGCACUCUAAAAUAUACCAAAGAGGUCCAAAUACUGAAUCACUUCCAGGAUUUUCUGAUGGAGCUUGAAGAUGGAGAUGCUCAGGAUGAGGCAGCACUCUCUGUGCCACAGGUGAUGCAGUGGCUGACUGGUCAAGCGCAUAGGCACCUGCUUCUGUCAGAGAGAGAGGCCUUUAAAAUUACUGUUCAGUUUGACCACACUUGUAUGCAACGACUGCCAAGCCACACACUUUGCUAUCCAAUCAUCAGUGCAUGCACCCAAACCAUUACUUUUCCCACUGCACAUCUGUCAAAUUGUAAUGAAUUUAAAGAAAUAAUGAAAACAGCAGUGCAACACGGAGGUUGCUUUUAUAGGGUGUAGAUUUUAAAAUGAACUCCAAAUGUCCACAUAGUCCACAUCUCUCAAUAGUUUUAAUUUAAUCUUUAAAGUUCAGAGAUACAAUGUUCAACGUGUUAAUAACUUUACAUGCUUCUGAAUGGUUACAUGUUUUACAGCAUUGUAUAAAAUUAAAUGUUUUACUGGCAAAUAACUGAAUUUCUUUAAUUAAAAUUCUGACAGAA